AACUGCAUGAAGUCGAUCGUUUCUAUAAAUAUAACCACCUCAUUAAUUGUUUGCACUGAAGAGGUAGCCUUGAGUUUGAGUUUGGUCCUAACCCUUCGAGACGAAGGCAAUGGCAGGGAGAAUACCCCAGAGAUUUGGGGUUUCGAUAUCACUACUGUGCUUGAUGAUCCCAUGCUUCUUCUUUGUUGGGUCAAUGCUUAAGCCAAGCUUGGACACCCUCUCCUUUUCUAGUUUGCGGUUAUCGUCGACGAUGAGCCUGGAGAUUCAGGUGGUCGAGGAGGAAAACCGCGGCACGGAUGGAUCGGAAGUUGGAGGAAUGGCCACUUCAGCCAUGGGCGAAGAAUCGCCCCCCAAUAAACCUGCAAAUGAGACGAUCGAUCCCUCUCCAAUCGAUCAUCAUGAGGAACCAAUUUUCUCCUCAGAAACCAGUUUACUAGAAGAAAUCCUCCAGGAACCAGCUGAAGAACAAGAAACCAGUACGGCUCGAGCAGCUGAGAGCAAGAUAUCCUGUGAUGAAUCCGAGCGCAGAUCUGACACAUGCGCCGUUCAUGGCGAUGUGAGAGUCGUCGGGCACUCCUCUUCUAUCAUCUUAGCCAUUGAUGGCGCAGCAGCUGUUCAUGGAGAAGAAGAAGAAGGGAUCAGUUGGAAGAUUAGACCGUACAGCAGAAAAUGGGAAACCACAGUGAUGGGGAGAAUCAGAGAACUGACCGUGAAGGAAUCGACGAGGAAGCAGCCUCAGUGCUCUGUGAAUCACACAGUCCCUGGCAUCGUGUUCUCCACCGGUGGAUUCCUGGGCAACUUCUUCCAUGACUUCUCUGACGUCCUCAUCCCCCUCUUCACCACCGCGCGCCGGCACCGCGGCCGAGUCCAGUUCCUCGUCACCGACUUCAACUACGGCUGGAUCGCCAAGUACGAGACGAUUCUGAGAAGGCUUUCGUAUUAUCCGAUCAUCGACCUGGAUCGGGAGAGGACGGUGCGCUGCUUCCGCGACGUCCAUGUGGGUCUCUUGAGCCACAGAGAGCUGGGGAUUGACCCCUCCAAAGCCCCAAACGGCGACUCCAUGGCGGACUUCAGGGAGUUCCUCCGGUCAUGCUUUUCCCUCAGCAGAGAGCAGGCCGUCGUCGUCCGAUCGGCCGGGAGGAAGAAGAAGCCGAGACUGCUGCUGAUCAACCGGAGGGGCUCGCGGUCGAUAACCAACCGCAGGGAGGUAUCGUCGCUGGCGCGGAGCUUGGGCUUCAAGGUGCUGGUGGCCGGCCCCGAGGAGACCAAGAACGUGUCGAGGUUCGCGCGGACCGUGAACUCGUGCGACGUGCUGAUGGGCGUCCACGGCGCGGGGCUGACCAACAUGGUCUUCCUCCCGCGCGGCGCGACGCUGGUGCAGAUCGUCCCGUGGGGCGGCCUCACGUCGGCGUGCAGGCACGACUUCGGCGACCCGGCGGCGGACAUGGCGAUAAGGUACCUGGAGUACGAGGUGAAGGAAGAGGAGAGCUCGCUGAUAAGGCAGUACCCGAGACAGCACCCGGUGUUCACCGACCCUCUGUCGAUCCACAAGCAAGGUUGGGAUGCGAUCUGGUCGGUCUUCCUCGACAAACAGACGGUGAAGGUGGACGUGAGAAGGCUCAGAGGGGUGCUUGAAGAAGCCCUGCAACUCCAGAGACCGCCGCCUCUCUAGAAAGGAAAGGAAAGGAAAGUAAUUUUUUGCGAUCGUAUUCUUUGUUGAUGAAGAUGAAUGUGAAUAGAAAGGAAAUAAUUAAAAAAUUCAUCCGAAUUUGUAAAAGAUGUGAUUCAUCUGAAGAGGAAUUAAACGAUGAAUUGAUAGA